AUGCGCUUCACUCUCGCCUCCAUCGCUGCCAUCUUGCAGUUCACUGCUGUCCUGGCGGCUCCAGCUGAUCUCCAGAAGCGUGCUUCUUGUACGCUCACCAGCUUCAGCAACCUUGACACGGUCAAGUCCAGCUGCACUACCAUCACCAUCGGUAACCUGGCUGUCCCGGCUGGAAAGACGCUGGACCUCACGGACUUGGACAGCGGCACGAAGGUCAUCUUCGACGGCACCGUGACUUUCGGAUACAAGGAAUGGGAGGGUCCUUUGGUCUCCAUCAGCGGAACCAAGAUCACCGUUACCGGUAGCUCCGGCAACCUCCUCAACGGUGGCGGUGCCUCGUGGUGGGACGGUAAGGGUAGCAACGGCGGCAAGACGAAGCCCAAGUUCUUCUACGCCCACAAGAUGAUUUCUUCCACCAUCACCGGAAUUAACAUCAAGAACACGCCCGUCCAGUGCUUCAGCAUCAACAACUCCGAGAACUUGACUAUCGACUCGGUCAGCAUCGACAACACCGACGGAGACGUCACCGACGGCGGCCACAACACUGACGCUUUCGACGUCGGCUCGUCCACCGGUAUCAUCAUCAACAAGGCCACGGUCUACAACCAGGACGACUGCCUGGCGAUCAACAGCGGUGAAGAUAUCACUUUCUCCAACGGCUACUGCUCUGGCGGUCACGGUGUCUCCAUUGGAUCCGUCGGUGGUCGCAGCGACAACGUCGUCAAGGGCGUUACCGUCUCCGACACGACAAUUAUCGACUCUGAGAACGGUGUUCGCAUCAAGACCGUCUACGACGCGACCGGCUCUGUCUCGGACGUCACCUACUCGGGCAUCACCCUGAAGAACAUCACCAAGUACGGUAUUGUCAUCGAGCAGGACUACGAGAACGGCUCGCCCACUGGCACUCCUACCAGCGGAGUUCCCAUCAGCGGCCUCACCCUUAAGAACGUCAAAGGCUCGGUCACCUCCAGCGGUACCGACAUCUACGUCCUCUGCGCCUCGUGCUCCGACUUCACCUGGUCGGGCGUCUCGGUCACCGGAGGAAAGACCUCCACCAAGUGUGAGGGUGUUCCGUCCGGCGCUAGCUGUUAA